UCAGGGAACUUUUCUGCUGGCCGCCAUUUUCCGUUGGUUGCAGUUAGUUCUCUGAUCACGAGAGAAAUAAGGCAACCAGGGACGACAACUGACCCCUUUCGUGAGGAAGGGACAUUGUGCGGACAACGGACAAUGCAGUGGUAAAGUAAGAGGGCAUUUCUGGAGUAAUUGCGUGACGGAUUUCUGGACUUUUGUGCGUAAAGACGGCGGAUUGCGGCGGCCCUUAAUUGAAAGAGGGUCUGCCACGUAGUCAAAGAGAAAAAAUGGAUUUACGGACUAGAAUCAUGGCUCUUGUGUUAUUUUAUUUAUUUGUUUUAUUUUGUCCUUCUCAGGCUGCAAAUUCCAUGCUUCCGGAGGGUUCCAUUGAUUUUAUGAACGAAUGGUUCCGGUAUGCUGAUGCCGAGACACAACCAGUAUUCACCGAGGGUAUGUGCCCAGCUAGACCGAGCACAGGGCCCGAUGGUGCUUUUGCUGUCCAUGCGUCAUGGGACUAUGAUAUGGCGUCACUAGUCGGAGAGCGGUUCUCUAGUGACAACUUCUCCGUGCUCGUCACGUUUAGAAGCUCCGCAGCUACGGACCAAAGCAUAGAAUUGUUCAGGUUUGCCGGGCAAUACGGACAAACUGAUCUGGCGUUCCGGUUCGGAAAAGAGGAAUCGUAUGUAAUAUAUACCGGACUCGUAGAGGACCAGGAUAAAAUUCCUGAAGAGACCGUUUGGACUAUCCCUAUUUCCAUAAAAUCGAACGAGUGGAACCGUGUGGCCUUCAGUAUAGUGGCGGGAACAAUCACGGCAUUUCACAAUGGUGCUAUUGUCGCCAACAGAUCCGAAGCUGCUUACGUUAGCAAAGACGGAGAAUUUUCUGUGUCAGGUGGAUACGAGCAAUUCAAGGGUGUAAUCCAAGACUUGCUGUACGUGCCCCUUGAUUAUGCUGCGUAUGAACAAGGUUACAAGUACUGUCCAACGUGUGAUUAUGAGUUCCCAGAACCAGACCCGCACGGGUUUGCCUUCAGGAGUGCGGGAGGGGGCAGUGGGAACUUUUCAUACGGAUCUGCUCAUGAAGGAGGGAAAAUGGAAGCUGGAUUUGCUAUUGGAAUGGACAAGAAGGAAACUAUUUAUGCUGUUGACAAGUAUGGAACACAGAUGGGCUCAUCAAUGGCACUUGGUGUACCAUACGGACCACCGGGGCCACCAGGUCAACGCGGUCAAAUGGGACCUCCAGGGCCAAAGGGUGAUAUUGGAUUCCCUGGCCGAGAUGGUAUGCCAGGAAAUAACGGACUUCCCGGUCCACCAGGCAACACACUCAUUAUCCCGAUGAACAUCGACGGAAAACAUCAAAACCAACGAGAAGCCUUUCAAUUACUUUUGAAGCAGCAUAUGCAAUCGAUGCGAGGAGCAAAUGGGCCACAAGGAAUGACUGGCUUACCAGGAAAUGCGGGACCACCAGGAGAUCCGGGUGACAGAGGAGACGAAGGUUUGCCAGGAGAACAGGGACCACCAGGACCAAUGGGUAUGCCUGGACCCGACGGACCAAGUGGAAAACGAGGUCGUUUUGGCAGAGAUGGAGCACGUGGUCCUAUUGGACCAAUUGGAGAUAAGGGCGAGGCUGGCUACCCAGGUAUUCCUGGAAGAAUUGGAACAAAAGGAGACAGGGGCUACCAAGGUUCCGCCGGAACUAUGGGUCCACCCGGACAUGACGGUGAACAGGGAGAAGUAGGUCCACCCGGAGCUAUGGGACCGGCUGGAGACCAGGGCCUCAGAGGAUUCAUGGGUCCACGUGGAAAGCCGGGACCAAUUGGAGCACCAGGUAUUCCCGGCGCUGAAGGGGCACCAGGUCCAAAAGGAAAUCAGGGUGGAAUAGGCUCCCCAGGUGCUCCUGGACAAGCCGGUGCCCCGGGACCAGUGGGUUCCCCCGGACCACCAGGGCCUCUCGGACCUCAAGGUAUUCCAGGUGCUCAAGGAAAACCCGGUCUUAAUGGACUUCCGGGUCCAAUUGGACCACCAGGUAUUGACGGACUGAAGGGCUCACCAGGACCUAAAGGUGAUCUUGGCCCCUUAGGUCUGCAGGGUAUCAUAGGAUAUCCAGGUCCUAGAGGAACAAAGGGAGAUACCGGAGCACGUGGAUUAUUUGGACCUAAAGGAAAUCAGGGUUCACCUGGAUUCCCAGGAGAUCGUGGUGAUGUUGGAACGAAAGGCAACAAGGGUAAUGCGGGAGAUUUUGGGCCAAAUGGACCAGAGGGCAUUGAAGGAGCCAAGGGAGACCGGGGACCUGAAGGUGAAGCCGGAGCACCAGGAAGUCUUGGGGCAAAGGGUCGAAUUGGACCUCCAGGUUUACCUGGCUACCCAGGGCCCCCUGGUAUGAAAGGAUCCGGAGGCGGUCGUGGCCGACGAGGAAAACGUGGUCGUAAUGGAAAAGUUGGUCCCCCAGGCCCAGUCGGAGACCGUGGCGACCCCGGAGCACAGGGACAGCAAGGAGAACGCGGUAAAACUGGCAUGCCUGGAGCGGUUGGCCCGAAGGGUGAUAUUGGUGCAGCCGGACCCCCGGGAUCUAUAGGAGAACAGGGAAUUCAGGGACCCCCUGGAAUGCAGGGACCACCAGGACCCCAGGGACAAAGUGGACUUCCAGGGAAAGACGGACUGCGCGGUGCACCAGGAGAGAGAGGGGAACCGGGUCAAACAGGUCAAAUUGGAUCAACCGGACCAUCUGGCGUCAUGGGACCAACCGGACCACCCGGGGACCCGGGACCGACAGGUAACAGAGGUCCACCAGGCACUCAGGGAUUACCCGGAGAUACUGGACUACCAGGUCAAGCAGGAGCAACCGGAGAACGAGGACAACAAGGUAUUCCCGGUGACCAAGGACCCCCCGGGCCACCAGGACCCCAGGGAUUUGACGGAGACCGUGGAUACCCCGGACCACCGGGACGAGAUGGACUCCCAGGAGAUAGCGGACCUGAAGGACCACCCGGACCACAGGGAGAGAAAGGACAAGAAGGUAUGUCCGGCGAUUCCGGACCACCAGGACCCAUGGGACCACCCGGAAUGCCAGGUAAUGAAGGACCCAGAGGAACAAAGGGAGACAUGGGACCUGAAGGUCUUCCCGGAGACCCAGGUGGACCUGGACCCGAAGGAUCACGUGGUCUACAAGGACCCCAGGGACCUGCUGGACCCCCAGGUCAGGACGGUGAUAAGGGUGAUGUAGGACCAGCCGGACCAAGAGGACAGAAGGGAGAUUAUGGUAUUCAGGGACCACCUGGGCCACGAGGACCACCCGGAUUACAGGGAUCAGUUGGGCCACCGGGUCACCCAGGAGAACCAGGAAUUCAAGGCAUUCAGGGACCACCAGGAAAUAAGGGUUCAGAAGGACCAAGAGGUCUUCAAGGCCAGUCAGGAAACCCAGGACUUCAAGGUACCCCAGGGUCACCCGGACCUAAGGGAGAGCAGGGUGAUAACGGAAUGUUAGGCCCACCAGGAGCACCUGGCCCACAAGGACCUCCCGGACCUACAGGUGGAAACGGCUCACCAGGUUUGCCCGGAAAUCCCGGACCUGAAGGACGGCAAGGAGCCAAGGGAGACCCAGGAGAUGCUGGACAGCCGGGGCCUCCAGGACUUGACGGUACCGAUGGACCACCAGGCCCUCCUGGUGCCACAGGUGAAGAAGGACGCCCAGGUGUUGAAGGAGAGGCCGGCCCAAGAGGUCCACCCGGUGUCGAUGGCCCUAAGGGACAUUCUGGAGAAUUUGGACCUCCAGGUAAUCCUGGACCACCGGGGCCAGUCGGACCAAAAGGCGAACCCGGUAUUGAUGGUAAUGAAGGAAAACAGGGUCAACCAGGACCGAGUGGACCUGUCGGUGUUCCUGGAGAGCCUGGUCUUAGAGGUUCCUCUGGUAAGCAAGGACCUCAAGGACUUCCUGGAACUCAAGGGUCAGCAGGAGAAGCCGGACCAAAGGGUGACAGAGGACUUCCGGGACCAAUGGGACAACGAGGUCCACCAGGGCCACAGGGUGAACAAGGUCGACCCGGACCAAGUGGACCACCCGGUGCACCUGGUCAAAACGGUGAGGCUGGACCCCCAGGAAGUCCCGGAAGCGCUGGUGAACCUGGUAUUAUUGGACCAGCCGGACCAAUUGGCGCAAAGGGAGAGCAGGGACAGAAAGGAACAAAGGGUCAUCACGGACGAGUUGGACCAACAGGAUUGCCUGGAGAUCCCGGACCCCAAGGGACACCCGGUGUACCAGGACCACCAGGCAUGAAAGGUGACCGUGGUGAGAUUGGACCAGCUGGGCCAACUGGACCACCAGGAGCCGAUGGGGCAACUGGCUCUACUGGUAUUGAAGGGCCAAUGGGUCCAAAGGGAGAACCAGGGCAAGAUGGACCUCCAGGAGUUCCUGGACCACAGGGUCCCCCAGGUCCAGCCGGUCCACCAGGUGGAGUCCAGCCAUACCCUGCCGAACUUAUGGGUCAAGACAACUUGUUGGUGGUAAGGAGGCGCAGAAGCGCUGAAGAGCACCCUGCCAUGGUCGAUCUUCCUGAUCUUGAGGCUGAUUUCCAAGAAGCUAUGUUUGCUAUUACAGAAAACCAGGUCACUUUGAGUGAAGGGGUUCAUAUGUUCGUAGACAAGAUGUGGAAUCAUAUAGUGAAGGUAUCCAACGUUGUAGAUGAACUGAAAUAUCCACCUGGCUCUAGACAAAGUCCAGCUGUGUCUUGUAGGGACAUCAAGAUCUCUUAUGAUGGAUAUCAAGAUGGGUAUUAUUGGAUCGAUCCUAACCAAGGCGGUAUAAGAGAUGCCAUCGAGGUCUGGUGCAAUAUGACUGGUGGUGGCCAAACAUGUUUGAAACCGGACACAGACACUGAAUGGGCUGAGACAAAACAUUGGCAAAAUGGCGAAUGGUUCAGUGAAAUGGAUGGUGGAUUUGAGAUCACAUACAGCGAGCAAGUAAAUGCCCUGGCAUCAAAGUCAGACAUAGCAACUCAGUCGUUCGUGUUCAACUGUGAGGGAGUGACCGCCUGGUAUGACCAGACUCUACAAUCUACAGAGAACGCCGUAGAAUUCCUCGGAUCCAACGAACAUUUGUUUGAAACCGCAGAACUCAGAGGCUUGAGUGUGCUCCAAGACGGAUGCAAGGAUAAGACCACUGGCCAGACUGUGUUCCAGUUGAAGACAAAAGCAUCCCGCAUGCCCGUUAUUGAUGUAUUGCCCAAGAGCUAUGGAGAGCCUCACCAGAAGUUCGGCUUUAAAGCAGGAACUGUGUGCUUUCUGUAAUGCCUGUGCAGCUUAAAGAACUCGUGCUUGUGGUGGCUCGUAAAAUAUAUAUAUAUACUUUUUAAUUGAAAAGUGUUUAUUACUGUUCAGCUAAUGGUAUCUACGAAAUUAUUUCAGUGAUUUGGAUAUAACAAUGAAUACCAAUAGAUAUAAAUAUACACAUGUUACAAACUGUUUUUCUAGCGUCACAUAUGCGUGACAAAGAUUUGGAAAGAGACAUUAAAUUAACUUCAAAAAUGUGACUGAUCCAAGAUCAAAAUUACACCAUGUCACUGUUUCUAUAUGGUGAUAAUCAAAGCUUACUAUUUGAUUAUCUGUCGUGUAUAGUAAAACUAUAUUUCAAAUAUAUCGAAGAGUUGUUCAAAUAAUUAAUUAAAGAAUCAUUGAUGGAGCAAUUAAAUUUCAACAACUUUGAAAACCUCCUGAAAGAUAGAACCAUCAUGCAAUGUUUUUAACAGAAAUUUCUUCCGAGAUAUCAUUAGCCGUGUUACGAAUCCGUCCAUGAUCAUAUAAAAUAUUAUUUUCUGUUGAAUUGUAUUGUUUCGUGAUGUCAACUAACCAUUGCAGACUUGUUUUCAUUUUUCUUCUUCAUCUCACUCUCGGGCGUAAAGCCAAACUCCUACGCAGUGGUCUCCCUUUGCUUCGCUACACACAUUUAAGUGUAGCCAAUCAAAUCACUGAAAGGAGUUUAUAAAAUAAAGCAUGUUUUCAUGUACAUUUUUAAUGAACUGACUGACCUCGGAUACAAUCCAAAUAUCAAGUAUUUCAGCAUAUUGAUAAAAAUCUUAGAAGAAAAAAAAACGGAAAACUACAUUUUCCAUUCACGCCAUUGUAAUAGUACGUACCUUAGAAUUUUCUUCUUCAUUAUUACGUUUAAAUAGGAUAAUCUUGUAAUUACCUACGUCAAACUUGUAUCAUUAAAUGCCUCUAUGUCAAUUUGUAUUGUCUUGUAUUUCUUUUUUUUCUUGUUUCGUCUGCGAUGGUAAAAGAAAGGUUGUAUUUCUAUUUCAUAUAUACAUAUGUUCAAAGUUUAUGCCAACUUCACUGUACAAAACGGUUUGUUUGAAGAUUGUGAUGUUUUUGAUAGACAAACUGCCUCCAAAACCAGCUGAACUGUGAUCUACUUCAUCUAAAGCGCCACCUAUCUUGUUACCGCAACCAUUGCCGGUGGAAAAAAUAAUA